GAGAUUGCGCGCCUGCUGAGCUGUGGUCCGCAUCACCACGCCCUGCGGUGGCAUCGGCUCGCUGAUUGUUGCAGCGUGCUGGCGCUGUCGCCGAAAAUGCGCCUGCUGUGGUGGGAACUGGCCAUUGAAUGUGCGCUGCGGGCCAUUUUCUGCGUGUCCGUCAAACACCUGGCGGGCUGCAAACGGCGACGACGGCACCGACGGCUGCUGCGACCCGGGCUGGCUCUGGCCGUUCGUCGCUGCAAAGCCGGUGGCCAGCGGCGACGGCUUCUGCGCAUGAUCGACAUUGUGCGAGCUGCCUGCGGUGGCGCCCGGAGAUACCGUGGAUUGCUGCUGUGGGUGAUCGCCGGCAUUGUUGGCCGACGACACGGCGAAUGAGCGCUGGCCGACAAGAAGAUUCUCCACCUUGGUUGCACGGCCCGUCUCGUCUUCGUGUGGUGGUCUGCGAUUCAUAUCAGCCGGCUGUGAUCCCGCUGGUGGCACAUGAUGCAGCCGCGUGUGCGGAGGCGUUGAUGGUCGCCGUGGGCCCGCGGGAGCGCCUGCUACCUGGCUAUUGCUCGGCGCCUUUUCGCUCAUGCUGGACAUGGUGUGUGUAUGUACGUAUGUGUCUGUGGGCGUGUGUCUGUGGGCGUGCGUGAAGUCAAGGAGAAAGGUGGCCUUAGGUGUGUAGAGAGGUAUGCACGCAACGGCGCAUGCAGGAUUUUGUUGUUCGGAGUAGAAACGCUGGAGAGGAGAAAAGCAAAAGCGACGAAGACGGCAAAAAGAAUAAGGCUUUGAAAAAUAAAGAAAAGAAAA